AUGUUUUCAGCUGCUCUAAUUGAUGAUAAAGUUUGGUUAGGCGAUAUACUUUCGUCCAAAAAUAAAUCAGCAUUAGAUGCAUUAAAUAUUACACAUAUAUUAUCAGUGCUUGGUUGGAAACCUAAAUAUGAUAAAAUUGAUAAAAGAAUUCGAAAAUAUGUAAUUGCAGCGGAUGAUGAUACAACGGAUUUAUUACCUGAAUUUGAACCAUGCUAUGAAUUUAUUGAUCAAGCUGUCAAAAAUAAUUGUAAUGUUUUGAUUCAUUGUCAAGCAGGUAUAUCUCGAAGUGCAACAAUCGCCGCAUCAUAUUUAAUGAAAAAAUAUGAUUUAACUUUCGCUGAUGCUUUAAAAAGAUUACAAUCAAAACGUG